AGAAAGUUUCACACCGGGGAUCAUUUUUCAGUUGGAAUUAGGUUUUUAAGUUCGUUUCAGUGAAGGACACUCCAUUGUAUGUCAGACUUAAGUAACAGACGCUGCCAAAGCCAUGCUGAUCGAUUGUCUAUGUUUAAUCAUCUCGUAAGUUUAUCUGCAAGAACUGUGAACACAAGCGUGUCUCCUUCCUGAACGAAAUGAAUCCGUUUUCUCAAUCCUGUCGUUGUAGCUGUGAUGCGCAUCUCCUUCAUUAUUGUAGUACGUCUCAGCAGAAGUCCAAACCCUUCAGCGCAUGCCGUUAUGCUUGUAGUGGUUUCAGCCACGCAUCCGAGCACAUGGCUAGUGGCAGGAAAAACAUAACAGGAAGUCUUAAUCCGACAAGUUCUCAAAUGAGAUCAGCGAUCCAUCAAACUUCAGCUGACUCAGCUUUUUUUCUCCGACCACACUUGACCAAAGAAGAGUACGCAUAUUGGACAAGUCACUUUCGCCACUUUUUACAUUCAUGCGACAAGAGGACUGUUACCUAUCAACAAAGGGAGCCUUCUUGCUGCGUCCGUCGGACUGUCAAAGGAUUACCGUGCCGAAGUGAAAGAACUCCGCAUCCAUGCUGUGAUCUUACGGUUCUUGGUGACAGAACUUGUGUUAGGCCGCAACAAAGUACAGUAGAAAUUGUUUCGAAGCCUCAAAGGAAUACAGUGGGAGCUGUCGGUGGGAAAAACACCGUCGACGCACGGGCAUACAGUUAUCCUCGUCCAAAGUACGCUGCUUCUGUCCUAGAAAACGGCAAACAACUUCAAACCAUAUCGAAAGAAAAUGCAUGUGACAAGAAGCAAUCUCUCUUCAAACGCACUGUUCCUUCUCUCCGCUGUACGAAAGGUAACCAUUCAGAUGACGCUCCCGACCGUGGCAAUCAUGGCGCAAACCAGCAAUUUAAGGCAGCAGAGUUACGGAGAAAGAUAAGUGAACGGUAUCUAUGCGGAGACCAAAGCUAUGAGGAUAACCCAUCAGCUCUGACUACAUCGAAACGCGCUGAGAAAUUCCAAACUAGAUCUACUGAACCCUAUAAUUCUACUGGUACGUAUGCUAUGUCUUCAGAACUGAAUUCAUCUUUGAAGAGAAAAUCCAGCAAUUUUUCAGAAUAUGACAACCUACAUCAAGGAACACACAAGAAGCAACGAGUUGGCAAGGAUGCAACCCACCAAGUGCAAAAGACAUCAAACAAAACCAUAGAUUUGAAUGACACUUUAGAAAGCUUUCUGACAGAUUCUCUGCCAUUUCUCGGCAGUUUCGGCGAAGAAGUAAGCCUGAAGAAGAGUGAAGCUCUCGAAAUAUCUAGUCUGUCUGGGAUGGCAGAAGAAACUGUUCAUGGUGACCAGCGCAUUGGAGAAAAAUCCACUCCCAUUAAUUUUGACGGCAACCACCACCACAAAACUGGAGAUGCUAAAGGUGAACUAUCAUCGACUAUUUCCACCGAUGAUGUUCCAGUGAAAUCACAAGUUUUACGCGCGGAGAAGGUGAUUCCCAAAAAGUGCAAAAAUGUCGACGCAGUCAUCAAAACAGCCAAGCCUGUGCAGCGAAAGUUACUGAAAGAUAACAAAUCCUCUCUUCAUGGUAGUUAUGCUCUGGAUUACGAUUGUUUACCCAAACUUGUCAGCGUACUCUCCUCACCCACAGCCAAAGUUGCAUCGUCUUUAAAAGCAUAGAACGUUUCCAUCGUAAAAGAAACCUGGAUCACGUCAGGAUGAGAGGCAUAGAGCCUAAACAAAAGAGAAAAUUAGUCACAAUUAUUUCUUGAUGAAUUAUGAGCUUCUUGUUCUGACUCGAAGGAAAAAAAGGAAAAGUUUUAACCAUGUAUAUAAUUUUUGUCCAGUACUCACCCUUGUUUUGUAUGCGAGUAUGUCCUAUUUAGGUUGGAACAGAAUUUUCGAAAUUUCUAACACUUCGUGGCUGACUGGUCAUAUGAUAAAUUGCAUAUUGAAUGAGUGUGGUCGGGCCGAACGGGAAAGUAUUAAUAGCGCUCUUGGUUAUCACUGCGCUCGGUCCAAACGUAAUGACCGUGAGCCAAAUAUUUUCCUAUCCGGCCCUUUUGAUCAGUCUAUAAAUAAAUUAAUAACUUCCGAGCUACGUGAUUUGCGCGCGCAAAUAAAGGGUCCAGUUUCUAAAGACCGGAUAAGGCUGUUCAACGGGUAAACCACUAUCCAGCAGAUAAGUGUUAACAAAACGUACUGCGGUAUUCACCGGAUAGAGAUUCAUCCGGUAAAUAGCUUCAUCCGUGCUUCGAACAACCGGGGCCAGAGCUAGAAGUAGUAGCUAACGAAUCAUAUACAUACAUUAGCACAGCAAAUAUCCAUUAGUUGAACAACCAUUUAAAUAGUAAUCUGGCUGUUACCUCAAACUAAGCUUUAUCGUUACAUGGUAAUUAAAUUCGUGUUGUUGCGUGA